UGGGACAGGCAGCGAGGGACAGGGAGGGAGGGAGAGAGGGGACAGGGAGGCAGCGAGACGGCCGCUGCGGCGCCGCCGGGGAUCCGGAUCUCCAGCUCCAGCGCGACAGGCCGGGCCGAUCCGAUCCGAGGGUGCCACACAAUGUCCCUGAAACCACGUGUGGUGGACUUCGAUGAAACAUGGAACAAGCUCCUGACAACAAUCAGAGCAGUUGUCAUGCUGGAUUACGUGGAAAGAGCUACUUGGAAUGACCGCUUUUCAGACAUUUACGCUUUGUGUGUGGCCUACCCAGAACCUCUGGGAGAGCGACUCUACACAGAAACAAAAAUCUUUCUGGAAAAUCAUGUCCAACUCCUGUACAAGAAAGUUCUGGAUUCUGAAGAAAAGAUUUUGACCAUGUACCAUAAAUAUUGGGAAGAAUACAGUAAAGGCGCAGAUUACAUGGACUGCUUAUAUAGAUAUCUCAACACACAGUUCAUCAAGAAAAACAAACUGACAGAAGCUGACCUUCAGUAUGGAUAUGGUGGCGUGGACAUUAUUGAGCCAUUGAUGGAGAUAGGCGAGCUAGCUCUUGAUAUGUGGAAGAAAUUGAUGAUUGAGCCACUACAGACCAUCCUCAUCCGAAUGCUUCUUCGUGAAAUAAAAAGUGACCGUUGUGGAGAAAAUCUAAAUCAGAAAGUAAUCCACGGGGUUAUCAACUCUUUUGUUCAUGUUGAACAGUACAAGAAAAAGUUUCCCCUUAAGUUUUAUCAGGAUCUCUUUGAACAUCCAUUUCUACUGGAAACAGGAGAGUAUUACAAACAAGAAGCAUCAAAUUUACUUCAAGAGUCAAAUUGUUCACAGUAUAUGGAAAAGGUUUUAGCCAGAUUGAAAGAUGAGGAAGUUCGGUGCCGGAAAUACUUGCAUCCCAGCUCAUAUGCCAAAGUGAUUCAUGAAUGCCAGCAACGAAUGGUAGCAGACCAUCUGCAGUUUCUACAUGGGGAAUGCCAGAAUAUUAUCAAGCAAGAAAGGCGAGAAGAUAUGGCAAAUAUCUACACCUUACUUCGUGCAGUUUCAAAUGGUUUACCUCACAUGAUCCAAGAGCUUCAGAAUCAUAUUCAUGAUGAGGGCCUUAGAUCCAUCAGUAACCUCUCUCAGGAAAAUAUGCCUACACAAUUUGUGGAAUCUGUUCUUGAAGUUCACAGUAAAUUUCUGCAACUUAUCAGUUCAGUCCUUAAUGGAGAUCAGCAUUUUAUGAGUGCACUUGAUAAAGCUCUAACGUCAGUAGUAAACUAUAGAGAGCCAAAGUCUUCGUGCAAGGCUCCAGAGCUGCUAGCUAAGUACUGUGACAACCUAUUAAAGAAAUCGGCAAAGGGAAUGACGGAAAAUGAAGUUGAGGACAAACUGACCAGCUUCAUCACAGUUUUCAAAUAUAUUGAUGAUAAAGAUGUCUUUCAGAAAUUCUAUGCCAGAAUGUUGGCGAAACGGUUGAUACAUGGUCUUUCCAUGUCGAUGGAUUCAGAGGAAGCUAUGAUUAAUAAACUCAAGCAAGCGUGUGGUUACGAGUUUACCAGCAAACUUCAUAGGAUGUACACGGACAUGAAUGUCAGUGCUGACCUCAACAACAAAUUCACAACCACUUUUUUAAGACAACAGGAUACUGUAAUAGAUCUUGGAAUCAGCUUUCAGAUCUAUGUUCUUCAGGCUGGUGCAUGGCCUUUGACUCAAGCAUCCUCAUCUACAUUUGCCAUCCCACAAGAAUUGGAAAAGAGUGUUCAGAUGUUUGAAUUGUUUUACAAUCAGCACUUCAGUGGAAGGAAACUUACCUGGCUGCACUAUCUUUGUACGGGUGAAGUAAAAAUGAACUAUUUAUCAAAGCCUUACGUAGCUAUGGUUACUACAUACCAAAUGGCCGUGCUGCUAGCAUUUAACAACAGUGAAAUCGUCAGCUACAAGGAGCUCCAAGACAGCACACAGAUGAAUGAAAAAGAACUUAGCAAAACCAUUAAAUCCUUGCUUGAUGUAAAAAUGAUCAACCAUGACUCUUGCAAGGAAGAUGUUGACUUGGAUUCCAUUUUCUCUUUGAAUAUGGUUUUCAGCAGUAAAAGGACAAAGUUUAAAAUUACAACCUCCAUGCAAAAAGAUACACCCCAAGAGAUGGAACAAACUCGGAGUGCGGUUGACGAGGACAGGAAAAUGUAUCUGCAGGCUGCUAUAGUGCGCAUCAUGAAGGCGCGUAAAGUGCUCCGACACAAUGCACUUAUUCAAGAGGUAAUAAGCCAAUCAAGAGCAAGAUUCAAUCCUAGUAUCAGCAUGAUCAAGAAGUGCAUUGAAGUCCUCAUUGACAAACAAUAUAUAGAGCGUAGCCAGACCUCCGCAGAUGAAUACAGUUAUGUGGCUUGAUCCAAACUGUUGGCAUUUGGCUUUGUCUGAGUAUGGUGCAAAGACCUGCUGUGUCACUGUUUGAUGUGUUCCUGUGAAAUGAAGCAGAGCUCUGCCUCCACCAGGUUUUUCAAGCCCAACAACCUGGCAGCCCUUUCUCUGCUGUUUACAAUCUAACCAGUGCCACAUUGCAAGUGUCAAUGCCGAUAGAUUUCCCAACUCACGUCAUCACAACAUUAGAGUAAGUGGGAGUAUUUUGGGUGCCAUGUUGAUCUCGCUGGUGCAGUUGAUAUAUUUUAAAAAAGAUAAUUUAAAAUUAAACAUUGUAAUAUGGCAAAUAAUUGUGUUUACACUGUAAAUUUUGCAUCCCAGAUUGCAGAUAACAAAACAUGGCACAGUUGCUUCACAAAAUAUAAGCCUGUACACUACCUGGGGUUUAUGUAGGUUUCAGUGAAGUAGACAUUACAUCAGUGUGCUCUGCAUACCACCCAGAUGAGCAAAUCUGUGUACUUCAUAAAUACUGAGAUUUUCCUGAACUGUCGCUACAGGACCAUCAUGAGGAAUGUCUAAACUGGUUUGCACUUCCAUUAAAGGGAUUUUUGUCAGAUUGAUUUCUUUCAGUGUUUCUCGUCUGCAUUGAUGAUUGUCAUAAGUCCUCCAAGCCUUAAUUCUUUAAUCUGAUGCUGAAAGUUUUUUUUUGGGGUGGGGGUGGGGGGGGGGGAUUGUCUUGUGAACCCUGUUAAAAGCCCAUGUCUUCAGUAAUAUUUAUCACAUUUUCCCCCUGAAUCUUAUCCACGUGCAACAAAGGAAAAGUCUACCACAUUUAAAAAUCUGACUUAAAAUAACUUGAUGAUGGAUUUUCAGAGAAUAAAUUCUACCAUGGGGCAGUAAUGGAAAACAACCGAAGAUCUCUGCUGCUAGUAAUCCAACGUGGCAGUCCCCCGUCACCCCAACAUACACACAUCCCCACAUCCAAAUGCCCACACUCACACUAUCCCUAUCUCUCCCUUCACCAGAAACUACUUCUGGUGAUGCCAUUGAGAGUAAGAAACAGUUAAUAUGGGAAGUCAGACUUUGUUGGCAAUCCCUCCUUGGUAACAGUUUUUGAACCAUUACUUAAGAGUCCAUAAAAACAACCCUGUCAUGGCAUUUCUGAUCCACGUUUAGCAACAUCAGACUUAUUUUUUUGAAAAUAAAAAUUGUGUCCGUAAAUGUAUCUAAUAAAAUUAUAGAUAUCUAUUAUUAACAUCCUGAGAUUUUUAAAUCGAGAACUUUGCGUAAAAAUAUUUUUAACAUGUUAACUUAAUUGAUGGAAUGAAGUCGGGUGGCUAGUUUGUUAAUAGACUGGUAGAUUUUAAGUUCUCCACACUUCCAGCUCUUCAUGGUAUUCACAAGUGUAGGUUUUUAAACAGGAUUGGCUGUCUCCAUUCUUACCAGUGGUAUCCACAAUAUCUUUAAGAGAUUAAUUUAUUUUUUAACUUUUUUUUUUGGUGUGACAUUGUAUUACCAGUAGCCAAGUGCAGCUGGAAUAGCAGGGAAUAAAACUGUUAAACUGCG